AUCCUUAAUUACUAUCUGUGGAGUCUUUAGCCCCAUUAAAUGUAUGUUUUUAAUGCAAAGACAAGCGCAUAAGACAAAAUGGAAAUUGCACCAUACACUUGACACUUGACAGUGUAAUAAACUAUAGCAAAGUAUUAUUACUUAUUAGUAUUAGUAUUGAAAUGCGACACCAUACUUGCUUUCAUGUGAUUUUAAUAUUAUAUGUCACAUUUAUUUUAUGUUCAUUUCAAACCUUGGAGAAUCAACCUGCACGUUAGAUUCCCUGCACCACUACUUGAUAAUUUCUUAUGAAGGAGAGAGAGAGAGAGAGGGAAGCCAUGAAGGUAAUAUGAAUGGUUUUCGACAAGUAGUGUAGCACCAUCAUAUCAAGGGCAUGUCUUGUAGCUUCAUAUUAUUAGCGAGGAGUGUGAGUGUGAGUCUGUGUGCAGCACAUGAAGAUUGCAGAGUAAAUAAUUGCCCCCCUGCUUGAAGAGAUGAACUUAAUUCAAAUGCCUCAGUCUCAAGAGCAAUAGAGAGAACAAGGGAUCUAUCUCUAUCUAGCACUGCACUUUCUUAGCCAUCUUUCAUGGGAAGUGAAAGAGAAGAACACAACUCAGCCACCAAUCCCACAACAAUCUCUAGCACGCUAACAAUCAAGAUUUCAAGCAGCAGCAGCAGCAAGAAGCAAGGUGAAGAGACUUCAGAGAAUUCAAAUUUACCAUCACCAAACAUAAAGAACUCCACAGAAUCAUCACCUUAUGGUUCUCCUCUUGUGUCCCCACCUUCAUCAGCAUUUGUUUCGGCUUUGCAAUCCCCCUAUAUAUCUCCAAGGGCCAUAACCCCAGGUGAUUCUCACUUGGAAAAACCACCACCACCAACAGCAACAGCAACAGCAACAGCAACAACUACCACCACCACCCAUCCUUCGACCCCAGAAGACGUGCCAAGCAGUUCCUACACUCCCCCUUCUGAUCAGUAUGAGUUUUCCGAUGACAAUGCUGACACGAAUCUCAAGUUUGUGACAUGUGUUCCCAUCCCUGAAGCAGCUGAUCCACGCAUCUCAUUCUCAUUUCCGGUCCCUAGAGUUUCCUUUGCAAAAGGCUCUGUUUCCCCUGCUUCCAAUGCCAAACUCAGAAGCUGUGAUGUUUACAUUGGCUUCCAUGGCCAAAAUCCCAAACUCCUGCGCUUCUGCAAGUGGCUCAAGUCCGACCUCGAGCUUCAGGGAAUCGAUUGCUUGCUUGCUGAUAGAGCCAAGUACACCGAUAGCCAGAGCCAUGAGAUUGCUGAUAGAGUCAUUUGCUCAGUGUCAUUCGGGUUGGUGGUCGUCUCAAGUGGCAGCUUCCUCAACCAUCUGAGCAUGGAGGAGGUUAGAUUCUUUGCUCAAAAGAAGAACUUGAUUCCUCUCUUGUUUGACACAGGACCUGCUGAGAUCAUGGAUCUUCUUAACUGCAACUCAAUUGACAAAGAAUGUAGAGAGGCCAUCGAUGGACUCAUGAGGUGCAACGAAUUCAAUCUAGGGGCCCAUGAUGGUAAUUGGAGAAGCUGUAUAUCAAAAACUACAGGUAUUUUAAGGGCAAGGCUUGGUAGGAUGAAUGGUGACCAGAGAGACAAUAUGCAAGGAUUUGAGAAUCUACCUUUUCCAAGGAACCAAUACUUUGUUGGCAGGGAGAAGGAGAUUAUGGAGAUUGAAGGUCUCUUUUUCGGACGGGGGAAUUGUGUGGAACAAGUCCAAGAUCAUUGUAUGCCAUUCAUCAAAGGAGAAGCUAGUGGAAGUGGACAAUCUGAAGGCCUUGCAGACGAGGAAAGUGAACCGGUUAUGCGCAAAGGUAGGAGAUAUAUUAGUCUAGAGAUGGGGAAGAGCAAAGAACCAACCUUAGAGGCUUGGGUUGAACCACUCAUAGGAAACAAUUCAUUGAAGAGGUUGAAGCAUAAGAAGUCAAAGAGUGGAAACUUCAAAAGCUUGUGUAGUAGUGUGAUUUGCAUCACCGGAGUUUCUGGUAUAGGGAAAUCUGAGUUGGCACUGGAAUAUUCUCACAGAUAUCACCAGAGAUACAAAAUGGUGUUGUGGGUUGGUGGUGAAGCUCGGUAUCUCAGGCAGAACAUAUUGAACUUGUCCCUCAAUUUGGGCUUGGAUGUUGGUGCUGAUUCUGAGAUGGAAAGGGGUCGAAUUCGCAGCUUUGAGGAGCAAGAAUUAGAAGCAUUCAAGAGGAUCAAGAGGGAAUUGUUUGGUGAGACACCUUACUUGCUAAUAAUAGACAAUCUUGAGACUGAGGAGGAAUGGUGGGAAGGAAAAGAUAUAUAUGACUUGAUACCAAGAAACACAGGAGGGACUCAUGUGAUCAUUACUACAAGGCUGUCCAAAGUUAACAGCUACGAUACUAUUCAGCUUCCACCACUGCCAUUAUCCGAAGCAAUGAUUCUGAUAAAAGGAAGAAAAAGGAGGGAGUAUCCAGCAGAUGAGGUAGAAUUCCUUGAAAAAUUCAAUGAGAAGCUUGGACGGUCGAGCUUUGGUUUGUGGGUGAUUGGUUCGAUGUUAUCUGAACUUGCAAUUUCCCCCUCUGCACUGUUUGAGGCCAUUAACCAAAUGCCACUAAGUGGAGAUUCAAACUCAUGCUAUAUGAGCAUUGCAGAAGAGCAAUGGUGCAAAAGCAAUCCUUUCCUCAUGAAGAGCCUCCUUUUCUGUGUAGGAACCUUGGAGAAAACAAAAGCAAAAGGGAAGCUGCUAGCAAUGAGAAUGCUUCUUGUUGGGGGACUGGCUCGAAUGGCUAACCAACAUGAUGGAUGUUGUUGGCUCCAGUUCCAUCCCAUAACACAGGCAUUCGCCAAAAGCAGAGGCGGUUUGCAAUAUGCCAAGGCUGCACUUGAAGGAGUAAGAAAAAUGGGUAACCAUGUAAACUCAGGUCAUCUGUGGUCAUCAGCAUUCCUUGUGUUUGGAUUCAAAUCGGAGCCGCCGAUUGUGCAGCUAAAAGCAAUUGACCUGGUUCUGUAUAUCAAAAGAACAGCUCUGCCCCUGGCAAUCCAGGCAUUUACCACUUUCUCAAGGUGCAAUUCAGCUUUGGAGCUCUUGAAGGUGUGCACCAAUGCAUUGGAGGAGGUUGAGAAGUCGUUUGUGUCUCAAAUCCAAGAUUGGUCCCAUGAUUCGAUUUGUUGGAAGAGGAGGAUGCUGCAAAGAAGCCAAAAAGUGGAUGAAUAUGUGUGGCAGGAUGUGACGUUGUUGAAGGCAACAUUGCUGGAGACAAGAGCAAAGUUGCUUGCAAGAGGGGGCCAUCUAGACAGUGGCAAGGAGCUAUGCAGAACAUGCAUCAGCAUCAGAACUGUGAUGCUCGGCCAUAACCAUGCACAGACCUUGGCUGCUCAAGACACAUUGGCAAGAUUAGUGAGAAUGAGGACCAAGAUAUAAGAAUCACUUCUAGUGGACUUGUCAAUUCUCAUGUGUCAAUGUCCUUACUGUAAUUUCGGUGGUCAUACACCAAUCAGAAUUUUACUAGAUAUCUUAGUAUGUUGCUGCACUUCUGUUCCAAUUUUGUUAUUCUACUGCUAAACUUGAUAUAAGUACCAAUAAAGCUGAUUUUGGAGAAAA